AUGGAUCCAAAGCUGUUGUUUUGUUUGCCACAAGGAGAUGAAUUGUUUAAUCCCCUUAACACCAUGUUUAUUCAAAUGGCGUGCAUUCUCGUCUUCUCUCAAUUGUUCUAUCUCCUUCUUAAACCUUGUGGUCAAGCAGGUCCCGUUGCCCAGAUUCUUGCUGGGAUUGUGUUGAGUCCUGUUCUGCUCUCAAGGAUCCCAAAAGUGAAGGAAUUCUUUCUGCAGAAAAACGCAGCAGAUUACUACUCUUUCUUCUCGUUCGUUUUACGAACAUCUUUCAUGUUCUUGAUUGGUCUUGAAGUCGAUCUACAUUUCAUGAGACGAAAUUUCAAAAAAGCCGCCGCGAUAGCCUUUAGCUCCUUGGUAGCUUGCGGUCUCCUCAGCCUCGCUUCUUUAUUGUUGUUCAUCCCUUUGUUUCAAAUCAAAGAAGAUCGCUUUACGUUUUUCUUGGUUCUUCUCAUUAUCUUGUCCAACACGGCAUCUCCUGUGGUCCUCCGUUCAAUCGCUGAUUGGAAACUCAACACAUCUGAGAUCGGACGGCUGACAAUGUCCUGUUCUCUGUUCAUCGAAUUAACAAACGUCGUUAUCUACACAGUAGUCAUCGCGUCCAUCUCAGGAUCUAUGAUAGGUGAUCUCUUCCUAUUCAUUUUCGCGACUGGAGCCCUAAUCUUGCUCAACAGGUUUCUAGCUCCAUGGCUCCCAAAGAGGAACCCUAAAGAGAAAUACCUGUCAAAGGCUGAAACUUUAGUGUUUUUCAUCUUCCUUCUCAUCAUAGCUAUAACAAUAGAAUCCUACGAUGUCAAUUCUGCGGUUUGGGUUUUCGCCAUUGGCAUAAUGUUUCCAAGACAAGGAAAGACUCACAGAACGUUGAUUCAACGGCUUAGUUACCCGAUCCAUGAGUUUGUUCUCCCGGUUUACUUUGGUUACAUAGGAUUCCGAUUCAGCAUCACCGCGUUAACCAAACGCUAUUACCUCGGUCUUGUCAUUGUAGUGAUUCUAGCCUUAGCUGGGAAACUUAUUGGUGUAAUCAGCGCUUGUAUAUACCUGAAGAUCCCCAAGAAAUAUUGGCUUUUCUUACCAACCAUUCUCUCCGUUAAAGGCCAUGUGGGUCUCCUUCUUCUCGACGCAAACUUCUCCGAAAAGAAAUGGUGGACCACAACGAUUCAUGAUAUGAUGGUGGCUGCUUUAGUGAUCACGACGCUAGUAAGCGGUGUCCUUGCGUCCUUCUUGCUGAGAGCAAGAGAGAAAGACUUUGCUCACAAGAAAACAUCGCUUGAAUCUCACGACACAAACGAGGAACUACGCGUGUUAUCUUGCGUAUACGGAGUCCGACAUGCUCGUGGUGCGAUCUCUCUUGUCUCGACCAUGAGCGGAUCUCGUGGAGCCUCUAAGCCGUUCACGCCUCUGCUUAUGCACCUCGUACCACUCCCGAAGAAAAGAAAAUCGGAAUUGCUUUACCACGAGCACGAUGAGGAUGGAGGAAAUGUCAACGGGGAUGAUGAUUUCGGGACCAACGAAGGUUUAGAAAUCAACGAUUCCAUUGAUUCGUUUGCUAAAGACAGCAAGAUCUUGAUCCAACAGGUGAAACUCGUGACGCAGAUGCUUAACAUGCACGAAGAGAUCUGUAACGCAACAGAAGAUCUCCGAGUUUCGAUUGUAUUUCUUCCGUUUCAUAAACACCAGAGGAUCGAUGGGAAGACUACAAACGAUGGGGAAAUUUUCCGGCAGAUGAAUCGCAAUGUUCUAAGGCACGCUCCGUGUUCAAUCGGUAUAUUUGUGGACCGAAACAUAACCGGUUUUCAACAGCCACACGGGUUUGAUUCGGUACAGCAUGUUGCGGCAUUGUUCUUUGGUGGUCCUGAUGAUCGUGAGGCUCUAGCUCUGUGCAAGUGGCUCGCGAACAACACUCUGAUUCAUCUCACAGUCAUACAGUUCGUCUCAGAGGAUUCAAAGCCAGAGACUCCGGUUGGUAAUGCGACACCACGAGAUAAUAACGAGGUUUUUAUCGAGGUUCUUGGAAGAGAUCAAACUGAACAUGAAACAGAUCGGAGUUUCUUAGAAGAAUUCUAUAACAGAUUUGUGACAACGGGACAAGUGGGGUUCAUAGAGAAGCGUGUGAGCAACGGACCGCAUACACUGACGAUUCUAAGAGAGAUUGGAGAGAUGUAUUCACUCUUUGUGGUGGGAAAGAGCAGAGGAGACUGCCCUAUGACAGUGAGAAUGAAAGAUUGGGAAGAAUGUCCUGAGCUCGGAACUGUCGGUGAUUUCUUGGCUUCAUCUUUAGAUGUAAAUGCGUCUGUAUUAGUUGUUCAAAGACAAAGACAUUCACAUGAUAGCUUUAUAGAUGAUUAG